AUGCCGAAACCGACCGCGAAGACAUUGUCUUCCGAACGGCGACAUAUACCCCUAGCGGACGAAAUAACAUCUGCUGGCCAUCUCAGAACAAAAUCGGGCAGCAAACGGAAGUCAAGGUCCGAAGACGAGACGGAAGACGACCACUACCUCGAUUCGAAGUCCUCAAAGAAGAUCCUGCAAAUUGGAAGAGAUCUCGCCGAGGAAGACGCGGCAGAGGCCAGGGCUGCUGCAGAGGCUGCUGGUAUUGAUUUAAAAGCAAAGGCUGCGUUUGAUUUUGAGUCCCGACUAGCUGGAGAGGAGUCAAGAUACGAAGACGAUGAAGAUAUUGUCCAAUAUGAUGAUGAUGCGCAGUGGGAAGACGAAGGAGAAAUUGAGGAAGUGGAAGUCGACCCCAAUGACUUGGAUAUGUUUCACAAAUUUCUCCCACGAGACGAAGAAGAUCCUGUGUUUCACCCACGGGAGGGUAGUACAGAAGGCAAUGGCGAAAGUACCAAUUUAGCGGAUCUCAUACUUGAGAAGAUUGCAGCACAUGAAGCAGGCCAGUCAACGGAGCCCCUUGUUCUCGGGGGGGGUGCUCCAGAAGACGCCAUCGAGAUUCCAGCUAAGGCAUUAGAAGUCUACGAUAAAGUCGGUUACCUCCUCUCACGUUACAAAUCUGGCCCCCUCCCCAAGCCAUUCAAAAUUCUACCUACUCUACCAUACUGGGACGCCCUACUCUCGGUCACCAAACCGGAGGCGUGGACUCCAAACGCAAUUUACGCCGGUACUAGGAUAUUCAUAUCCGCAAAACCUCACAUUGCCCAACAGUUCAUCUCCAUGGUGCUCCUAGAACGAGUCCGAGAUGAUAUUAGAGAAACAAAGAAACUGCAUGUACACAUAUACAACGCUUUAAAGAAGGCCUUGUAUAAACCUGCGUGCUUCUUUAAGGGACUUUUGUUCCCACUCAUAGCCAGUGGAACUUGCACACUACGAGAAGCACAGAUAGUAUCCAGUGUGAUAACGCGAGUGUCUAUACCCGUCCUUCACUCAGCCGCUGCACUUCUCCGGUUAUGCGAGAUUUCAGCAGAACAAACCAUAUCAUCUUUCAAUGCAGAGGGCACGGGUGCUACAAACAUGUUCAUCCGUGUAUUCCUAGAUAAGAAAUAUGCACUGCCAUAUAAAGUCAUUGAUGCCUUGGUAUUCCAUUUUCUCCGCUUCCGUACUACGAAGCCAGAUGAGAACGGCGAUGCAAGUAUGAAUGGGACAGGAUCGUACUCAGCCGCUGCUGCAAGGGACUAUAAGCUUCCCGUCCUAUGGCAUCAAUCGCUUCUUGCAUUUGCCCAGCGCUAUCGUAACGAUAUCACGGAGGACCAGCGUGAGGCGCUACUUGAUCUUUUGCUGUCAAAUGGGCAUAAAGACAUUGGCCCAGAGGUACGGAGGGAGCUGCUGGCCGGAAGAGGGAGAGGAGUUGUUGUACCUGAAGUUGUUGAAAACAACGGAGGUGAUGAUACAAUGGAUAUGACGAUAUAA